AUGGGCAAAGAAUUGGGUCCUGGCGUCGGCUUUGAGUUUCCCUCGUAUGAGGUGAAAUGGCUCAAGCGCGACCUGCUGCUUUUUGCGAACAGCAUUGGCGCUACCUACCCAGAUGAGCUACACUUUCUCUACGAGCUCCAUCCCUCGUUUGCCGCCUUUCCGACUUAUCCUAUCAUCCUCCCUUUCAAGCACACGGACCAAGAAGUCAUUGACUUUUACGCGCGCAGCAAUGCAGAGCCUAUUGAAGGUGUUCCCAAGUUCGACACCAAGCACAUCCUCGAUGGCGAGCGCAAGAUCCAAGUCCUCAAACCACUUCCUGUAACAAGCGAUGGACGCAAGUUUGAGAUCAGGAGCAAGGUACUCGGUGUUUAUGACAAGGGCAAGGCUACCGUCGUGGAGACGGAACAACGCCUUGUUGAUGCUGAGAGUGGAGAGACCUACACCAGAGCUGUAGGCAGUGGCUUCUACGUUGGCCAGGGCGGUUGGGGUGGACCGAAGGGACCCAAACAGCCCAACUACCCUCCACCCUCGCGUAACCCCGACCACACCCAUGUCCAUCAAACCACAAUGGAGACAGCACACCUGUACCGUCUGAAUGGCGACUACAACCCUCUCCACGCCGACCCUGAGCCAGGCAAGAAGAUGGGUUUCGGUGGCCCCAUCAUCCACGGUCUGUUUUCCUGGAACAUGUCUGCACAUGCCAUCUUGAAAGCAUUUGGUGGCUCGAAACCUGAAAACUUGAAGGAGUUCCAGGCGAGAUUUGCGGCACCUGUCAAGCCAGGAGACAAGCUGAUUACGGACAUGUGGAGGACUGGCGAUACAAAUGCUGACGGAUUGGAGGAGAUUAGGUUCAUCGUAAAGGUUGAGGGAGGUAAGACUGUUCUCACCAAUGGACGCGCGCUUGUCAAGUGCGAGGGUCAAGGCAAGGCGAAAUUGUAG